CCCCCGGCCCGGCCCCGCCCCUUCCCGCCGCGCGCCGCUUCCGCGCCGGGCGCCGCCCGUUCCUGUCAGGCCCCCGAGGCGCGGCGGCGGCGGCGGCGGCACUGCAUGACCACAACUGAACCAUGUCUGUCCCACGUGGAGCUGUCCAUGCAAAAUGGAUAGUGGGGAAGGUAAUUGGGACCAAAAUGCAGAAAACUGCCAAAGUGAGAGUGACGAGGCUUGUGCUGGAUCCCUACUUGCUGAAGUUCUUUAACAAAAGAAAAACCUAUUUUGCCCAUGACCCACUGCAGCAGUGUGUUGUUGGAGACAUUGUUCUUCUGAAAGCUCUGCCCGAGCGAAGGAGCAAACACGUGAAACACGAACUGGCUGAAAUCGUGUUCAAGGUUGGCAAUGUCAUAGAUCCCAUCACAGGAAAGCCCUGUGCAGGGACCAGAUUCCUGGAAAACCUCUCAGAUUCUGAGAAUCUCACCGAGGCAGAUACUACCUAUCUAAGUGAGAAGCUUCAGGAACUUAAAGUUUGUUCAACAGACAAACAGUAGGGGAAGUAUUUUAAGCAGAGGGCUUCCAGCUUUUGUCUCUCUCUGUCAGGGAUGUUUGAAGCCCUGCUGUGAUAUGUUCAAUGUUUCAGUGAAAUCUGUAGUCAAAAUAAAUGGUAAAUGUAGUUGCUUAUGCAAAGAGAUGUUUUUGCAGAUUGAUGGGCACCUGGAGCUUUGAAUGGAAAUACAGAGAAAAACACAAGUUUAGUGUUGACACUUCAUUUUGGUAUCUGUAGUUUUGCCCCAGUGACAGUUCCCAAAGCCAGCUGCCCUCCUGGAAUGACCCCUCUGUUUUAAGACAAGACUACAACUUUGUGAUGUUUAAUUUUGGGGGGAGGGUCAUUAUAUUACUUGAUUGUUCUGUAUUUCAGGCAGCCUUUUCUGGUUUGUAGGGUUACUGGAGAAGAUGCUAUUAAAGCUUUUGAAAGGAAGUGUAGAAUUUUAAAA